AGUUGAUGGCCGGAUCACAUACUGAGCAUGCUUCAUGGCAUUGCGUCAAUCAAACCCUUCUCUUCUCCCCAAAAAUGGGCCCUGGAUGGAUAAGUUGCCAGGACUGUCGACUCUACUACUACUACUACUAGGCCUAGGUUUAGGCCAGACCUAGUGAGUGGGCCUUGAUGGCAAAAAAGUGUCUGUUAAGUGUAGCUCAGCUAAGCUGUAGGCUGUCCGCUCCAUAUCAUGGGCUGCUGACCACUCUAACGCAACAACGAGGUCUUUGGGGCAUGUUAAACGCCAUCUUUAAUAAGUUUGACCAAAACAGAGUGGAUGAAGUCGGACCCGACCGUGCUGCAGCUGAAUGGUUGCUCCGUUGUGGCGCAGCUGUAAAAUUCAACGGUUAUGAAAAAUGGAACGAUGACUAUAACACGUUACCAAUGGGAGCAAAAGAUCGCUACCGCAUCGAAGCUGUUGAUGCUACCGACUCUAGUAUCAUGCACCUUGGUUUUGAAUAUUUCAGAGGAUUGGAGAAGAUGAGGCGUUUGAAACUGCACCAUGCAACAUAUAUUACAGAUGAAAGUAUGCACAAACUAGAAAUAUUAAAAGACUCUCUUCAAGAUCUACAAGUAAGCAGCUGUGGUGACGUAUCAGACAAGGGUCUGAUAUCACUUCAUAAGUUAAGCAAGCUCCGCUACUUGUUUCUCUGUGAUCUUCCUGCAGUCAAGAAUAUGGAUACAGUGUUGAGUACCCUCAGAAUUGCAUUACCAAACUGUGAGGUACGGUAUCUCUCAUUGGAGGGAAGGAAGGAUCUGCGAAAAGAACUAUCCAAAGACAGAGAACUUCUCCGAUACAUCGAGGAAUCAACAGCCAAAUGAGGGAAAGAUCUCUUAAUAGCUUUUCUACAGUGUGCUUUACUUUCAGUGGUGUAUCUAGGAGUCUGUAAUUGCCGGGGAGGUGGAGGGGGUGUGGGGCGUGAAGUGGCGAUGCACUAGCACACAAAAUAAGGUGAUUUGAGGUGAUUUUUUACUACCAGAUCAUGAUUUUUAUUUUGGUGGGAAACGGGUGGGGGAGUAUUUUUAUGGAGGGUGCAACUCAGCUACUGUUUACUUCCAGAAUAACCCAUUCUAGGAAUGUGAACUUGUUUAGGGUACAAAAUAUAAUAGAGCAAUAAAAUGGGAGUAAUAUUAAAUAGGGUUGUCAGAUUAUGGACUAAUAUGACAAAAUAUGCUCCCUUCAAGAAUACUGUGUUCAAAGUGUAUGAAUCAUUAAUUAAUAUAGAACGUUUUUGCAACAUUCGUUCUGGUGUGCAGUUUUUGUAGUUGAAUAACUACUUUUCGUUGGGAGGCAGAGGGUGUGGUGUGAUACUUGUGUGUGGUGUAGCAACAUGUAAAAGUGCCUGGCAUGACAAAGUGUUGUCAUCUACAAGAAUUUUAUUGUAUACCUGUCUUUCUGAUAAAAAUUCAUAGUUUGAAUAUCACUCACAAUAAUAAAAACCCAAGACAAUUUUUUUAUGGCCUCUUAGAAUGUAUUUUCAAACAGGACAUCUUCAAUUGCUUUGAUGAUGCCAUUUUUUGUGUUCUUGUGUUAAUAAAUAUCUCAAAAAGA